AGGAAAUGACCAUCUCUGUUUCCACGCUUUAUAUACUUACUUACACCUAUACUUACACUUUUUCUCUUUACUUUCUCUUUUUCUUCAGCCCUAAUAGUUUGUCUUGUUAAUCAGAGCUAGGGUUUUUGUGUUUCUUUGCAAUUGAGGAUUAAUUAGUGCCGAUUGAGUUGAUUUGCGAUGCUUAUGAGUGGAAUUUAGGGGUUUGAACACUGUUAAAGGUGUUGAAUUGAGGAUAUAAGCAGCUUAGUUGAAGCAAUGUCGACUUCAGAUUUGCCGAUGAGUCCUCAAUUGGAGCAGAUCCACGGUGAAAUUCGCGAUAAUUUUCGUGCCCUCGCUAAUGGCUUCCAGAAAUUGGACAAGGUUAAAGACUCCAGUAGGCAAAGCAAGCAGCUGGAAGAACUUACGGGGAAGAUGAGAGAAUGUAAAAGGUUGAUUAAAGAGUUUGACCGUGAAAUAAAGGAUGAGGAGAGUCGAAACCCUCCUGAGGUCAAUAAACAGCUUAAUGAUGAGAAGCAAUCGAUGAUCAAGGAGCUGAAUUCAUAUGUUUCCUUGAGGAAAACGUAUAUGAGCAGUCUUGGGAAUAAGAAAGUUGAACUUUUUGAUACUGGAGUAGGUGCUAGUGAACCUACAGCCGAAGACAAUGUUCAAAUGGCAUCGACAAUGUCGAACCAGGAGCUUAUCAGUGCUGGGAAUAGGACGAUGGAUGAGACUGAUCAGGCCAUAGAACGCUCGAAACAGGUGGUUCAUCAAACAGUUGAAGUGGGAACACAGACUGCUUCAACCUUGAAGGGACAAACCGACCAAAUGGGGCGUAUAGUUAAUGAACUGGAUACAAUCCAGUUCUCUAUCAAGAAGGCAUCACAGCUUGUAAAGGAGAUUGGUAGGCAGGUGGCCACUGACAAAUGCAUAAUGCUUUUUCUGUUUCUAAUUGUAUGUGGGGUGGUUGCUGUAAUCGUUGUGAAGAUUGUAAAUCCCAACAACAAAGACAUCAGAGACAUUCCUGGAUUGGCUCCUCCAGCCCCUACAGCGAGGAGACUUUUGUAUUUGAAGAGUGGAAAUUAUUUAGUAUAAAUCAUUUGUGACAGAGGAUGCUCUUUUUUCCGGCCAAUUGAUUUUGUGACAUUGCAAGAAGAGAUGGGAGCAACUGGUAUGCAUGGUCUGCGAUUAUUUUCAAUGUUACCGAGAUGAGAUGUGAAUAUCCUGUGUGAAUUUCUUUGUGUAAAUCAUUAUUAGGUUUGUUUCUAUACAGAUUUUUCAACUGACCUGGAAGCCAAGCUUCACUUGUAAACUAUUCCAAAGAAUGUAAUGCUAGAUAAACUGUACUUGCCUCA